UAAGGACCCUGCAACCAAUCGCACUCUCUGUGCUGAUCUCUCUCUUCCCCCCUCCCUCCAUCUGUUGCUGCAUGAGCUUUCUCAUCCUCACAACAUCUACCACGUUUAAUUUCCAUAAAGCCACUCUUUUUCCGGCACCGGUCAUUUUGCCGAAAUCAAUAUAUAUUAACACCAUCAAAACCAGUCAAAAACUCCAAAACCUGAUUCAUAUCAAAGCGUCUGCUAAGUAUCAUGGAGGCUGCUAAUCACAUCGCUCGCGUGCCCGUCUACCCAGCCCACUCGACAGGAACGUUGGGGCGCCACCUGGCCAGGCGGCUCGUGGAGAUCGGCGCCACAGACGUGUUCUCCGUCCCGGGCGACUUCAACCUGACCCUUCUGGACCACCUGAUCGCCGAGCCGGGGCUGAACUUAAUUGGCUGCUGCAACGAGCUCAACGCUGGUUACGCCGCCGACGGGUACGCGCGUGCCAAGGGCGUGGGCGUGUGCGUGGUCACCUUCACGGUUGGCGGGCUCAGUGUGAUCAACGCUAUUGCUGGCGCUUACAGUGAGAAUUUGCCGGUGAUUUGUAUUGUUGGUGGGCCCAACACCAACGAUUUUGGGACUAAUCGGAUUCUCCAUCACACGAUCGGGUUGCCCGAUUUCUCUCAAGAGCUUAGGUGCUUUCAGACAAUCACUUGUGCUCAGGCAGUGGUGAAUAACUUGGAUGAAGCGCACGAGCUGAUCGACACGGCAAUUUCGACUGCCUUAAAGGAAAGCAAGCCGGCUUAUAUUAGUAUCAGUUGCAAUUUGCCUGGUAUUCCUCAUCCGACUUUCGCUGGGGAGCCCGUGCCCUUCUUUCUUGCACCGACGGUCAGCAAUCAGUUAGCAUUGGAAGCAGCUGUGGAAGCGACAGCUGAGUUUUUGAAUAAAGCUGUGAAGCCUGUAAUUGUGGGUGGGCCCAAGUUAAGGGUAUCAAAGGCGCAAAAAGCCUUUGUAGAGCUUGCAGAUGCCAGCGGGUAUCCAAUAGCUGUUAUGCCCUCAGGUAAGGGACUAGUUCCAGAGCACCAUCCCCAGUUCAUUGGGACAUAUUGGGGUGCUGUCAGCACCAGCUUUGUUGGGGAGAUUGUGGAGUCUGCCGAUGCCUAUGUUUUUGUAGGCCCCAUAUUUAAUGAUUACAGCUCUGUUGGCUACUCCCUUUUGAUCAAGAAGGAGAAAACAAUAAUGGUGCAGCCUAAUGGUGUGACAAUUGCCAAUGGUCCCUCUUUUGGCUGUGUUUACAUGGCUGAUUUCUUGCGUACAUUGGCCAAAAAGCUCAAGGGAAACAGCACUGCUCUUGAGAAUUACCGCCGGAUCUUUGUGCCACCAGGCAUCCCUCUAAAAUCUGAGAAAGAUGAGCCUCUAAGGGUUAAUAUUCUUUUCAAGCACAUUCAGGAGAUGCUUGAUGGAGACAGUGCAGUAAUAGCUGAGACUGGAGACUCAUGGUUCAAUUGCCAGAAGCUCCGCCUCCCUGAGAACUGUGGGUACGAAUUUCAGAUGCAGUAUGGUUCUAUUGGCUGGUCAGUCGGUGCCACUCUUGGAUAUGCUCAGGCUGCCAAAAAUAAGCGUGUGAUUGCUUGUAUUGGCGAUGGAAGUUUCCAGGUUACAGCUCAGGACAUUUCAACAAUGAUUCGAUGUGGACAAAGGACCAUUAUAUUCCUAAUCAAUAAUGGAGGUUAUACAAUUGAAGUAGAGAUUCAUGAUGGCCCAUACAAUGUUAUUAAGAACUGGGACUACACUGGCCUUGUUGCUGCCAUCCACAAUGGCGAAGGCAAAUGCUGGACUGCCAAGGUAAAAACAGAGUGUGAACUGACAGAAGCGAUUGCAACGGCGACUGGCGCACAAAAAGGUGCUUUAUGUUUCAUUGAAGUAAUCGUGCACAAGGAUGACACCAGCAAAGAGCUGCUGGAGUGGGGAUCCCGAGUUUCUGCAGCAAACAGCCGCCCUCCAAAUCAACAAUAAAUAAAUAAAUAAAAAGGGUGUUUGGAUGAUUUCUUUCUCGAUCUGAAGUUGGCAUCCUGACAUCUGGUUCAGGCCAGGACAUGUAGCAGCAGUCUAGUAGAACUACAAAUAAGAGAAGAGUGGUUUGCUUGAUUUGAAAGAGCCUUCCACCAAUCCUGUUGCUGGAUCCUGCUUUCUAUUAUAACAUUAAUGAAGGCUUCAUCUCUAAUUCUAA